AUUUUCGAACAACACUCUGAUUUCCGGGAUGCUUUCGCCAGCUUUCGUGGGCGAGAUUCUAAUGAAAUGCGCAACGAUCCUCGACUCCAGGCUCACGGUCUCCGUGUCCUUCAGGUGGUGGAUAAGCUCAUCUCGCGCAUAGAUAGAACCGACAUAAUUGAACCCUUCCUGCUGAUGCUGGGUGGUCGUCACAUUAAAUACAAGGCGACUCCAUUGCUCGUCCCGGUAGGCGAUUUUGAUUAUCAUCAUGCACAUCUUAAAAUACUUUUCGCAUUUUUACCGUCAAGACAAAAGUUAAGCAGAGCAGAUGACAAAAUAGCGGCACAAUGUGCACACAAACUUCAUGAGGCUUCCCAGUAG